AUGACGGGCCAAAAGAGUAAAAAGUUUAGUUUGAAUAGUUCAUUCAGCAGCAACUCCACUCCACAUCCAGUCAAGCUUCAUGUAUCACCUCGCACUGUGAAGAUAUACAAUGACAUUGUGAAAUUGAGGUUGAUAAAUCCAACUGGACUAAUCAAGGGAAUAGCUUAUAAAGAUAUUCAUAAUGUUCUUGAACAUGAGUUCAAAGAUCAUGAAAGAGGGUAUUGGGAUAUUGUAUGGACCAGGCCAGAGAUUGGCAAAAGUAAUUUUGAUAAGCUGGAAUGCACAGAAUUCAGGAUUAUUGCACAAAGUGAUGAACAAGUUGAAGUUUCAUUCAUCAAGAAAUGGAACGUUACAUUAGGUGAUAAUGUCGUCCCACUCAAUGUGGACAAGAGGUACAUAAUGUUGCGUGGAGAUUCAGGGUUCUACUCGUAUGCAAUAUACGAACAUUUGGAAAAUUGGCCCGACCUUGACAUAGAGGAAUCAAGAAUCGCAUUCAAGCUCGAUCAAAGCAUGUUUAACUACAUGGCGAUAUCGAAGCAGAAGCAGAGGAUGAUGCCCACAGGGGCAGAGAGGGCUGCUGGUAAAGUUCUUGCUUAUAAAGAAGCAGUUCUCAUAACAAACACCACUCAUCCCAUCCUCAAAGGCCAGGUGGACGACAAGUACCAAUACUCGUGCGACAACAAGGACAACCACAUGCAUGGAUGGAUGGGCUCCGAUCCCCACAUCGGAUUCUGGGUCAUAACGCCUAGCGAUGAAGUUCGAGUGGGUGGUCCCAUGAAAACCGACCUUACUUCUCAUGCCGGUCCCAUUGCCCUUGCCAUUUUCUUAAGUAAUCAUUACAUGGGACCCCAUUACGGUAUUAAAUUACGCGGCGGAGAGCAUUGGAAGAGAGUUUUUGGCCCUGUUUUCAUAUACCUUAACUCGGAUUCAGGCAAUGAUCAUCCAACUUUGUGGAAAGAUGCAAGAAACCAGAUGUUGAAAGAAGCAAAGAAAUGGCCGUAUGAUUUCCCGUCUUCGGCUGACUACCCUAGUGCGAAGCAACGAGGACAAAUCCAUGGUCGCUUGCUCGUAUACGACCAGUGUAUUAGCACUCAUCUAAUCAAAGCAAGAUCAGCUUAUGUAGGAUUGGCUCCGCCUGGAGAUCAAGGAUCUUUUCAAGAUGAUUCUAAGAGCUAUCAAUUUUGGACACGGGCAGAUAAAAAUGGAUUCUUUACCAUCGAACAUGUUCGCCCUGGAACUUAUAAUUUGUACGCUUGGGUUCCCGGAGUUAUCGGGGACUUUAAAUAUGAAGAUAAUAUUGUCAUAAAUUCAGGUAGUAAGAUUGGCAUAGGUGACAUUGUGUACAAUCCUCCAAGAAGCGGGCCCACUCUUUGGGAAAUCGGUGUUCCCGAUCGAACUGCUUUCGAGUUCUAUGUCCCGGAUCCGCAUCCCAGGCUUACUAACAAGCUAUACAUCAAUCACGUUGAAAAGUAUAGGCAGUAUGGCUUAUGGGAUAGAUAUACAGAUCUUUAUCCUAAAAAAGAUCUGAUUUACAACAUCAACGAUAGUGAUUAUAGAAAAGACUGGUUCUUUGCCCAUGUCACAAGGAAAUCGGGCAACAAUAAAUACAAACCUACGACAUGGAAGAUUCAAUUUAACUUAACAAAUAUAGACAAUGUUGGAGUCUAUACACUCAGGAUUGCCCUUGCAUGUGCCAACUUGGCGAAUAUACAAGUAUGGAUCAACGAGCUGAACACUAGCACGCCCCAUUUCUCAACAGGAAAAAUAGGCCGAGACAAUGCGAUAGCAAGACACGGAAUUCAUGGGAGGUAUUGGUUGUACGGAGUGGAUAUAGCAGGAUCUCAGCUCGUGGAAGGGAAAAACAUCAUCUAUCUUAAGCAAGCAACAGGGAAUAAUCCUUUUGUUGGUGUUAUGUACGAUUAUAUUAGACUCGAAGCUCCCUCUGAACAACAUCAAGACUAAUAUUUAACACAUACACGCAUUAAGUCAGUUUAUUUUCACAAAUUUUUAGCUACUCUUAGAUGCCUAGAUAACUAAAAUUUAUAACACAUGUUUGGUAGACAUUUUUGUUCAUAGAAUUCCAUCCCCAAAUGAGUUAUCUACCCUACCAACCAUGAUUUUACUAUUAUACAAUUACCAUGAAGUUUAGGAAUUAGUAAGUCGUGUUUAUAAUACAAUUUCACUUAAUAUAGUGUGCAAACAAAAAUAUU